AUAACCUAAACUCCAACCCCCGAAACCAAGAAUUCAAGUGCUGUAAUUUCUUGAGAUCUAAAAAAAAAAGAUUUCAAGAAAUGGGUGACUCGGUUGAUGAACCAGGAAGCUCCAUGCAUGGAGUCACCGGAAAAGAGCAGUCCUUCGCCUUCUCGGUGGCUUCGCCGGCCGUCCCUACCGACACAACCGCGAAGUUCGACUUGCCGGUGGAUUCAGAACACAAAGCGAAAGUGUUCAAGCUCUUCUCCUUCGCAAACCCGCACAUGAGGACGUUCCACCUCUCGUGGAUAUCCUUCUCCACUUGCUUCGUCUCCACCUUCGCCGCCGCCCCUCUCGUCCCGAUCAUCCGUGAGAAUCUGAACCUGACGAAACAAGACAUCGGAAACGCAGGCGUGGCGUCCGUGUCGGGAAGUAUCUUCUCGAGGCUGGUGAUGGGAGCCGUUUGCGACCUCCUCGGACCGAGGUACGGCUGCGCUUUUCUCGUGAUGCUGUCGGCUCCUACGGUGUUCUCGAUGAGCUUUGUUUCCGGGGCAGGAGGCUACAUAACCGUGAGGUUCAUGAUCGGGUUCUGCCUGGCGACGUUCGUGUCGUGUCAGUAUUGGAUGAGCACGAUGUUCAACAGUCAGAUCAUCGGACUUGUGAACGGGACGGCGGCCGGGUGGGGGAACAUGGGAGGGGGAGUGACUCAGCUUCUGAUGCCGGUCGUUUACGAGAUCAUCAAGAGUUGCGGUUCCACCCCUUUCACGGCGUGGAGGAUCGCUUUCUUCGUCCCGGGAUGGCUUCACAUCAUCAUGGGCAUCUUGGUUCUCGCGUUAGGUCAAGAUCUGCCGGACGGAAACCGCAGUGUCUUGGAGAAGAAAGGAAACGUCACCAAGGACAAAUUCUCAAAGAUUAUGUGGUACGCGGUUACAAACUACAGAACAUGGAUCUUCGUUCUUCUCUACGGAUACUCCAUGGGAGUUGAGUUGACCACAGAUAACGUCAUCGCUGAGUACUUCUUUGACAGAUUCCACUUGAAGCUCCACACGGCAGGAAUCAUAGCCGCAACAUUUGGAAUGGCGAAUUUCUUUGCCCGACCCUUGGGCGGCUACUUCUCCGACAUUGCAGCCCGGUACUUCGGCAUGCGAGGCCGUCUAUGGACACUGUGGAUCAUCCAGACAGCCGGAGGCCUCUUCUGUGUGUGGCUAGGACGAGCCAACAAGCUAGUCCCAGCCAUCGUGUCCAUGAUCUUCUUCUCGCUAGGCGCACAAGCCGCCUGUGGAGCCACCUUCGCCAUCGUCCCCUUCAUCUCCCGUCGUGCCCUAGGCAUCAUCUCCGGCCUGACCGGUGCCGGCGGCAACUUCGGCUCGGGCCUGACCCAGCUCGUCUUCUUCUCCACGUCGAGGUUCUCGACCGAAGAAGGGCUGACGUGGAUGGGGGUGCUGAUCGUUGCUUGCACUCUGCCUGUAGCUUUAGUGCAUUUCCCUCAAUGGGGAAGCAUGUUCCUUCCGGCUUCUUCGGAUCCCGUGAAAGGUACAGAGGAAUAUUACUACGUUGCCGAGUGGACGGAGAAGGAGAAGGAGAAGAAUAUGCACCAAGGAAGCCUCAGGUUCGCCGAGAACUGCCGGUCCGAGCGUGGCCCGCGUGUCGGAAACGCGGUUACACCGCCGGAAGGUACGCCUAACAACGUGUGACGAAUCGAGGGCGUAAACCGGUUUGGUUCGAGAAAUCUAAUUAUGUCGGUUAUGUGAAACCAAAUCAAACCGGUGAAAAAUAAUCACCAAGCACCCUUUGUUUCUCCUUCUUGUGAUUGUUCGUUAACUCCGUGUGAUUUCUUGCUUUGCUUUUGUAUUUCUCUACCUGUUUCCGUUUGUAAUGUAUCCCACGGCCUCGGGUCUUAAAAGUUCCAUAACUUGGUUUUCGACGGCGUA